AUGGGACAGACCCACGGUGGAAACACGCUUGCAAAGAGGCAGACUGAAGAUAACACGGAACCACCACGGCGGCGCAUCAAACUAGCCAAUCGGCGGCAUCGUCUCAUCGCCCGAUGGUCACAAUAUGAAAGUUCCUCCGAGGAUGAUGUGUCCAAAUCAUCACGCCCUCGUAGCAUCUACGACAACUCAGAGAGAGGUUCCACGAUACUGGAUGCUAAGAAGUUACAUAAACUGUCCCUUCUCUAUGCUGAUAAUAAGACAGUGCCUGGGUUGAAUGCCACAUCAUGCUCUGGAGAUACACAUUUUGAUGGGUUUUCAGCGACUUCAACAGUGGAGGCAGAUCGCCUUGAUGCCGCUUCAUCACGGCUAUUAAGUGAGGCCACAUUCUCAAGCGCCGAGACCCUGGUCGCUGACGAUGAGUCAACACUCCAACGACUGAAAUACCGCUCCAAUGAAAUACUCUUCCAUUCGAGUAAAAGCAUCGAUGAACUGACCAGCGUGAUCCGGCCACUGCCUACCGAGUACAGCGCUGAAGUACGGGUAGCCGAGGUGAAGGAUUCACCGGAGUCUGACGUGGGCCCGGAGACUGAGAUGGUAGGUGAUGUGGCCAGGUUAACCGUGCUAGCUGAGGACACUGAGGACAACACCAUCUCGUGGAAGUUGGGUGAGAAUAAAGAUGAAACUGAGACGCGCGAAACAAACGAAACGAACAUUACUGCUGCUGCAGACGGUGUUUCUGUAAGCACAUCGAAGGUCCGAGAGCCGUCUAGUAUCAUCCCGGUAGCAGGGAGCCAGGAGGCAGAGGAAGCCGCCAUCAUAGUGCCACAUAAUGCCAUUUUCGGUUCCAGUAAACGCCGUAAACGCUGCCUGGCAAACAGGAGCCGUUCAUACAAACUCGCAAGCGGUAGCAGUGGGCCUACGAGCCCUGCAUCCAGUCCACCCACUGUGCCCAAGAGACCCGCUUCAAGACCGCCUAGACCUGCCGAAAAGUCCUGGUUGAAAUCAAACGUGUUACAUGAGAAUAAGAAGAACCGUCUUUCUGGAUCGGAGACCACACCGAUUUGGGGGCACCGCCGGACUAAAUCGGUUGCAGCGAGCCACAUGAUCGAUAGGCAGACUAAUGUAACACAUUGUCGCAGAGCUGUAUCCAUGAGAGAUAGUAUUGUUGAUAACGACAGAGCGUAUAACCUUCUACGAUGUCUAGACAGCGGGCUUAGGUUAUGGUGCAAGCUAUCUUCAGAUGGGUACGAUAGCAGUAUUCUCAUUUCAGAUACAACUGGCAAUCUUCUGGAGGUAGCUGAUGAUACGCAGACUACUGUGAUUUGCCGUAUGGGUGGAUCGGUCAAGUGCCGAGUUGACAUCUCAGAGGCCAUAUGUGUAUAGUACUUGAACCACGAGACAUCUCGACCCUUUCUAUUCUGACCCAUGCAUCAUCCUCAGAACGAGGCUAACUUUAUCUGUGUAUAGUCUGGUACCUGUGACGUAGCUGCACACUUCUAUGCAACUUAAACGCAUGCAAAAUAUGUGUCACUGUCAAUACCUAUGUAAACAACGCGUCUCAUAGCUCAAAUAUGGGCUUAAUUUCAAGCCAAGGUCAAACACAUUUUGUCUAAGGCCCAUGUAAAGUGGUCUUUGCUUGCAGGUCAGCAUUAUUUUGUCGUGCUUGGGAACUUCUCAUGCUUUUAAUCAGCUUUAUGAAAUCUGGCCCUAAUAUAGACCAAGGUCAUAUGUUUUCAAUUUUUACCGAAUCAAUCCUCAGCUGUUCUGCAUGGGUGAACAUUAUUUAAUUACUUUUAUCCGAUUUUAAAUGGCUUGCGCACAAAAACGAAAGGGUUAAAACAGAAUCAAACACCGUAGUAGGGAAGAAGAGGUAUGUGCUUUGUUGCUCACAAACUACCAAUGACGAGACAUGACAGAAUGGCAAGUUUUGGUAUAAACAUGAUGGUCAUAUUCCCACAUUAUGACCGCAUUGAGCACAACAUGGUUCGUCCACAUUGUACACACCGCAACGUACAGAAGUACAUGUUUCUUUUCUCACAUUUUGGCCUUGGCGGUCUGUAAAUGCAGCUGUUGUAUACUAUGGUGGUUGUAAUGGGACGGCAAACAUUGAUAUUUGCAUCAAUAAAUGGAUUGGAUAGAUUACACGUGACAUGACGUGAGAGUUGUACGCAGAGCGUACACUUUGCCAAUAUUGUUAUCAUCAUGGCAGCGUCAACGACUGCUUUGUGCAAGAGUCCAACUAGUGCAAUGAAAUAAAUGUGUGCAAAUACAAAUACAAAUGUACGGUGUCCCCUUAGUACACUUUGCCAGUUGUUAUCAUCAUGGCAGCAUCGACUGCUUUUUUGUGAAAGAGUCCAACUAAGUGCAAUGUACGGUGUCCCCAUAAGCCCUUGUCACACGGGGCUAUGACCGGAUACUGGACCCCCACAUUCUUCAACGUAAGGAAGCCAUAGCCGCUUAAAUUUCAUGAUGUGGGAACACAGCUGGGCUAUAAUUACACUGCAGACUUUCACACAAUGCCCGUUGUAACAAAAUAACACUAUAAAACAAGCAAUUGGUGAAUUCUGUUAUGUUAAUUUAUAUUUUCUUUUCGGUAGGCCUAGUGACAACACCCAAUGUGUCGAUUUCAUCAGCCCAGUUUUUGAAGCGACUCGUAACGUGUCAGAAUCAACCUGGUCAAUUUGUUAAUCUUUAAAAUGAUCUAUGGGUGCGUUCGAUUAGCUUCCCUUUAGUGACCCUGCGGUGCUCACUGCCCCCGACUAGAGCUAAUCGAAAGAUCACUCACCCUCUCGUCGUGACGUCAUGCACCUGGAGUCAGCCCCCAAGUGACCCACUCCACAAGCAGGGCUAACCCUGGUGAGACCCUGGAAUGACUUCGAAGCUAUUCGAACGUACCGGGGUCAGACCGGGGUCGACCCAGGAAAGCUAAUCGAACGCACCCUACAUCACUUUGGCCGUAACAACCACGGAUCAAUAUACAUGUAUGUUGCAUGAUGGGUUAACAUGGGUCAACGCUUUCGGCAACAGUGAUCUCAAAGUUCACUUCACAAUGGUCAGUUUGGAGUAGACAUUGGGCAUGGCAGGGGGCAAAUACACAAUUGGGGCUUUUUAAUGUACAUUUCUUUGGUUCUAAGUGUGUAAGAGGGGGGUGGAGCCCUCCCCACACCCCCGGGUUACCCCCAAUGGUAGACGUGGUCAUCGGUGUUAUUAUAAUCGAAUACUAACGGUUAAUACUUUUAUACUCAACGUUUUUAUUUUGAAUGAAGUAAUGAGCAUAACAGAUUUAUAUUAAAAAUGUACAAAGAAAAAAAGCCGCUA